AUGGCCCAACAACCGAACCUACCAACAAAUAUACCAAGAGAAGUGGUGCCAACUCAACCUUCUAAUCCACCAACUCACCAAGAAUUAGGUCAAUUAGACCGUUUGAUGUAUAAACUAGUUAUAGCCAAUGGUAGGUCUCAUAGUGCAAGACACAGUCCUUCUUCGUAUCUAAUUGAGAAAUGUGCUUUAACAGUAUAUCUAGGAACUGUGACAGAUACUGAACUCGGUGCGUGGAGAGAAUACUCUCACUCGCUUGUGACAACACGCGGUAUUGCUGACCAAGCCAUAACCAAUGCCAUCAACAAUGCUUGUGCACCAAAUGGCGCGAUAGAUCAAGCCAUAACCAAUGGAAUCAACAAUGCUUAUGCACCAAAUGGCGCCAUAUAUCAAGCCAUAGCCAAUGCUUGUGCACCAAAUGGCACUAUUUAUUCUCUUUUUGACGUGAGUUGUCAAACAAGUAUGGCAAGAACUAAUAAUGGCAACGCGUCUCGCGAUGCCGAUGAAUUUCGCGAAUUCCCCAAUAUGGAUGGUGUUUUACCAUCUGCUG